CAGGGAGCGCGGAUCCCGCUUUCCCGAUCGCAAACUCCAAGCCAGAGCUGUCGGCGCGCGCCCCAGACGCUGGCCGCCCGCGCAGCCCGACACGGAAUCGGGGCGCAGCGGGAGCCCGUGGAGGGCGGGAGCGGGGCGGCGGGGGCGGCCGUCCAUGCGUUGGUGCUUGAGGCUGCCCGGCGCCGGGAACCACGCGGGGGCGAGGCGAGGCUAGGCGGCCGCUGGCCGCUCCGGACGCGGACCGCCAGAAUCGAACAGCACUCCCACCUGCUGAGGAGAAUUGGCAACACCUCUGAGGAGCCCCUGUGUCAGCCUGGACCUGUAACACCAUGGUUUCCCAUUUCAAGGGCUCAUUUGGUGCCCUGGGUUCCCUUCUGCUGCUUGGACUCCAGCUCGUCUGCCCACAGCACUCCACUGAACACAGGAAGGUCCCACAGCGGGUAGCGACAGCUGAGGGAGCCCUGGAGGACAGCGGAAGCGCCCCAGGCAUAUGGGGCGCCUGGGGUCCCUGGUCUGCUUGCUCUCGCAGCUGCAGCGGUGGCGUGAUGGAGCAGACGCGGCCCUGCCUGCCCAGCUCGUACCGCGCGCGAGGCGGCCCACGGCCUGGUGCAGCAGCGCGCGCCUACGCAGGCCACGUCGUAUCAGCAGUGCGCACGUCCGUGCCACUGCACCGGAGCCGGGAGGAGUUGCGUGUCCCGGCUGUGCCGGACGCUGGCCGCCAGGUAUCAGCGGUGCUGCGCGGCAGUAGGCACCCGCAGACCCGGGGCCGCCAACCCAUCGCGGAAAGAAGGAACAGGAACCGAGGUCCCAUUGGUCCUGGAAAGUAUGGCUAUGGUAAGGCCCCGUACAUCUUACCACUGCAGACCGACACUACACACACGACGCCACAGAGGCUUCGGAGACAGAGGCCUUCACCUCGGCAUUCCAGGUCCCAGGGGACAUCUGCUCCUAGGCAUGGCUACAGCCCACCAGCCUACCAACUCCCCCACCAUGCACCUCUGUACCAAAGUGACAGUGGUCCUCGCUCUGGACUGCAGACCUCAGAAGACUCCAUAUACCAGCUGCCUUUGACCCAUGACCAAGGCUUCCCUGCAGCUUCAAGUCUCUUCCACAGCCCAGAAACAAGCAACAACCAUGGAAUGGGGGCCCAGGGAGCCUCUCAGAGCUUCUCCCAGCCUCUGCGAUCUACAGCAAUCUCCUGCAUCGGGGCCUAUCGGCAGUACAAGCUCUGCAAUACCGACGUAUGUCCAGAAAGUAGUAGAAGUAUCCGGGAGGUACAGUGUGCAUCCUACAACAACAAGCCAUUCAUGGGCCGGUUUUAUGAAUGGGAACCAUUUGCAGAAGUGAAGGGCAAUCGCAAGUGUGAGCUGAACUGCCAGGCAAUGGGCUACCGCUUCUAUGUGCGGCAAGCAGAGAAGGUCAUUGAUGGAACCCCAUGUGACCAGAAUGGUACAGCCAUCUGCGUGUCCGGACAGUGCAAGAGCAUUGGCUGUGACGACUACCUAGGCUCCGAUAAAGUCGUGGACAAAUGCGGGGUAUGCGGAGGCGAUAAUACAGGCUGUCAGGUUGUGUCUGGGGUGUUUAAGCAUGCCCUCACCAGCCUGGGCUACCAUCGCGUUGUGGAGAUUCCCCAAGGAGCCACAAAAAUCAACAUCACCGAGAUGCACAAGAGCAACAACUAUUUAGCCUUACGAAGUCGUUCUGGCCGCUCCAUUAUCAAUGGGAACUGGGCGAUUGACCGUCCCGGGAAAUAUGAGGGCGGAGGGACCAUGUUCACCUACAAGCGUCCAAAUGAGAUUUCGAGCACUGCUGGAGAGUCCUUUUUGGCCGAAGGUCCCACUAACGAGAUCUUGGAUGUCUAUAUGAUACACCAGCAGCCCAACCCAGGAGUCCACUACGAGUAUGUUAUCAUGGGAACCAAUGCUAUCAGCCCUCAGGUGCCGCCUCACAGGAGACCAGGGGAACCCUUCAAUGGCCAGCUGGAAGCAGAAGGUAGAAGCCAGGAAGAUGGAGAAGAGAAAGAGAGGGACGGAGAGAAGGAAGAUUUGCAUGGUGAAGCACCUGAAAUAUUCACCUCAGAAUCCGUGCAGACCUUCCCAGUCAGGCAUACAGAGAGAUUUUCUUCCCAUCGACCAGACAACUUGGUGCCACCAGCACCACAGCCCCCGAGGCGAAGCCGGGAUCACAACUGGAAGCAGCUGGGGAUGACAGAAUGCUCGACAACCUGUGGGAAAGGAUCGCAGUACCCUGUUUUCCGCUGUGUGCACAGAAAUACUCACGAAGAGGUUCCAGAGAGCUUCUGUGACUCCAGCAUGAAGCCAACCCCCGAGGAGGAGCCCUGCAACCUCUUCCCUUGCCCAGCCUUCUGGGACAUCGGGGAGUGGUCUGAAUGCAGCAAAACCUGUGGCCUGGGCAUGCAGCACCGCCAGGUUCUGUGCCGCCAGGUGUAUGCCAACCGCAGCCUGACGGUACAGCCCUACCGCUGCCAGCACCUGGAGAAGCCUGAGACCACCAGCACCUGCCAGCUCAAGAUCUGCAGCGAGUGGCAGAUCCGGACUGACUGGACCUCGUGCUCAGUGCCCUGUGGAGUGGGACAGAGGACCCGCGACGUGAAGUGUGUGAGCAACAUCGGGGACGUGGUCGAUGAUGAGGAAUGCAACAUGAAGCUCCGGCCAAAUGACAUCGAGAACUGCGACAUGGGACCCUGCGCCAAGAGCUGGUUCCUCACCGAGUGGAGCGAAAGGUGCUCAGCUGAGUGUGGGGCUGGAGUGCGGACUCGCUCAGUGGUGUGCAUGACCAAUCACGUCAGCAGCCUGCCCUUGGAGGGCUGCGGGAACAACCGGCCAGCAGAAGCCACCCCAUGUGACAAUGGGCCCUGUACUGGCAAGGUGGAAUGGUUCGCUGGGAGCUGGAGUCAGUGUUCCAUCGGGUGUGGGAGUGGCACUCAGCAGAGGGAGGUGAUUUGUGUGAGGAAGAACGCAGACACCUUUGAAGUGCUGGACCCCUACGAAUGUUCCUUCCUGGAAAGACCCCCCAGUCAACAGUCUUGCCACCUCCAACCUUGUGGAGCUAAAUGGUUUAGCACAGAAUGGAGCAUGUGCUCCAAGAGCUGCCAGGGUGGCUUCAGGGUCCGGGAAGUGAGGUGUCUGUCUGAUGAUAUGACCCUAAGUAAUCUCUGUGACCCUCAGUUGAAACCAGAAGAGAGAGAAUCUUGUAACCCCCAGGACUGUGUCCCUGAAGUUGACGAAAACUGCAAAGACAAGUACUACAACUGCAACGUGGUGGUCCAGGCGCGCCUCUGUGUCUACAACUACUACAAGACCGCCUGCUGUGCCUCUUGCACCCGUGUGGCCAAUAGACAUGCGGGAGUCCUGGGGAGUAGAUAACACCCCGCGUUCCCGUCAGUGGGGCAGCAUCCCUGCCCUCCUGGGGGCUGUAAGCAGUGUGCCUAGCUGGCUGCCGUUCUACCAGGGGCUCCCUGGCCCAGGACACUGCCAGUCAACUUCAUCACCACCCUCGCCUUCGGUCAAGUGUACCACAGGGUACCCAGGAGCUUUGUGCCCAGGAUGUUAGAAAGCCCCGGUGGGUCCUUUAAUCAUCACUCUGUACUGAUGACCCCUUCCUUGAGACCUGGCAUCUGCUAAUGGUGCUCUCUGAAAACCAAGCAGUGGGAAACUCUAGCUCUCAGCCCAACUCCUGUCCUGGUGCUUUGCAAGUAAGCAGACAGGCCACUAACCAAGCCCUGCCUCCUCCCUGGUGCUACUGACUUUUCCGAAAUUAGCAUCCUUGGAAAGUCAGAGGCAGAACGCUGUCCUAAAGCCCCACCAAGCCUUGCUGAGACCUGCACACCCUCUGUCACCUCAGCCUGGCUGUGCCUGUUUUCAUUCUCAAAGAUAUUAGACUGUUUUCUUGCCUUAUGACACAGAUAUCUCACAUUAAUGUAGUGCUUCAUUGUUUAGCAGGUGUAUUUACAGAUAUUAGUUCAUGAGUUGCCACCACAUCCCAGAAUGGGAGGCAGGAGAUAAAUAAUCAUCCCCCUUUAUUGACGAGGAAACCGAGGCUCGGCUCUGGUAAUUGACCUGCCCUUCAGUGGCAGAACUGAGUGCCUGUCCAGUCACCUGAACACGACCCUUGCCCCACAGCACCUCUACCAAUAACCAGCCUGCGACUGUAGAGGUCUUACUUAGGUCUGAAGGAUGCAGCUUCAUCUCUGACCAAAAGGCUGAGGUUUCCUACCACCAGUAAAGCCCAGGCCUUUGAAUUCUUUCCUCCACCCAUGAGGUCAAGUCCUCAUCCCCAGCAUUCAGAUGUCUGUUUCCAUUUUCCCCACAAAGUUAUGGGUCCUGGUUACGGGACUCUGCAGGUUUUGCUAAACUCCAUCCUAAGCACAACUGUUCCAUGAAAUAAGAAAGCGACCAGGAGAACCAGGUGAUUGCCUGGAAUUCUGGUUCCAUUUCAAGUGACAAAUCCCUCUGGCCAUGGACCUUCCACGUGGCAGAGCAGAUUCCCAAGGCACACAGCCCUGGGCUCCAGGCUCUGGCCUUCCUUAGGCACCUCUCCAGGCUCUUCACCACAUGGCCAAGUAGAAAAUCUAGCUGGUAGGUCCCAAAAAACACCUCUAUGUCAUACUACCUUCCCCUCCCCCAUGACUCAAUUCUUACCUCCCCCCAGACUUGACCACCAAGAUCCAUAUUAAUGCAGCCAGCCUGGGAAAAGGAGCUGUGACAGCCCCUCCGUAUUUCCUGACUCACUUAGCCAACUACAUAGUUCCAGAGGCCUUGGAUCUAAAGCGGAGUGCAGCACAUUUUGGAAAGUGAACCAACUGAAAAGCCAGUUAAGAGCAACCUUUUCUUUUCUUUCAUCCAUUAAGAAACGUAUCAAGAUAAAUAAUUGUAAACUUACAGAAAAUUUCUCUUAUUUUUGGCCCUGGGCAUGUUUCCCUUAUAAAGCAAGCCUGUAUUUUAGCAACUGUGUUUCUCCCAUGAGCUCUUUUACCUGAAACUCUGCCAACUUGAUGAUCAUUUGCAGCUUUGGGAGGAGAUAACACCAGCCUGGCCCACAAGGAUUCCCACCAGCCUUGGGCCUUCUGAGGGUCUCUUCCAGCUCCUCUUCCUGGAGAGCACAGACACCAUUUCCCACAGCAUCCCCAUAUCCCCUGAUGCUCAUGUGACUCCUACAGCUCCACAGCCCAGCAGAGGCCCAGCCUGCCCUGCUGACCAAGCAAAAAGAUGUGAGAAGCCACACAUAUGGACAGUUUCUGUCCAGUGCCUUCUGUUUCCCUCUUGCCACUUGCUUUUGCUUCUUGUCACAGGGAAGUUUUUCUAUAAUGCAGCUGCUUCCAGAUCUCACUAAACAAGCUGGUCAUUUGAAGGAUUACCUAGAAGAGGUUUUCUUUACCUCUGGGGGGUAGGACAGAUGAAUGAUUAGAAGAGAAGAAGGCUGAUUUUAGCUCCAGUGAAGGAAAAUGUUCUAGCCAUCAAAGCUGCCAACAAAGCCACCACAUCCCAGGAACUCUCUGUCCCCAAAGGAACUUCUCUGUCAAAUGGGAAGGGCACAUGCCAGUCCUUCCAUCUUAGGAAUUCUCAUGACCAGGCAAGGUCAACAUGGUUUUGUCUCUUUGACAUGAAACAGUGUCCUGUGAUCCUGAAUGUUACCUAACAGUUCCUUUAAAGGACAAUGACCCUCCCAUGAAAACAGCCAGGUAGGAACAAACAGACGUGCUUUCAGCUGGGGAAAGGGCACCUCAGUGAGGGGUCUUUUUAUUCUUACAACAAACAAUUGAAAUGUUCUGGGAGUCUGUUAGUCUUUGGAAGGUUAUAGAUUACAGAACAGAGGGCUUAUUGGCAUUUUUGUCUUAGAAAGCCAAUUCUUGCUAAUUCCCUAGUUUCUUAUUCGGGCAUCCAAAUGCCCUUCUCCCUAGCACAACCCAUGUGGUCAGAGCUUUGGAUGUUUCCAGACCACUUUCCUGGGAGGAGGAAUGAGGAUGACUCUCUCCUUCCAGGUGGCUCUGUCUCCUUCCUCAGUCCCAUUUUUUCACCCUGUCCUUUCAUUACUGCCAUCUCCUUCUCAGGCCUCUCCACUUUCCCUUCAUUGCCAUAAUGUGGAAGUGAAAUUUUUAUCUUAACACUUUUUUUUUUUUGUGCAUUGGAUUGCCCCAUUCCCUGAUCUGAAUUUUUAAAUUAGAUAAAUCUAUUACAUGUUUCUCUCAAGCACACACACUCACACACACACACACACACACACACACACACACUAAGCAAAACUUCCAAUAAAAAUGGUUUGCUUUGUUACUUUCACUUAUCAGAAAAGGAAAUGAUGCCUCUUGCUGCCUCAGCAGAGGCUAACCUGUUCCGUUCAUCCUCCUGGUUCUCACCACCACCUGCAGUUCCUGCCACAGAAAAGGAACCUCACAAGAAAUCACACUAACUGCAAGACACCUCGUAAACCCGGCCACUAGAGGGCAUCAGUUCCCUUCAUAAAGCCAUACUGGCGUCCAUCCCCUGCCAGCUGGUGGGAAAACAUGGUGAGGGGGACUCAUCCCCACUCUGGGGAGCCACCAUGUGGCAGGCAUGCUCAGAACUGCCCCCUCUGGCCCUUUGUCUCACUUCUCUAGCCCAGACUUUAUUGGGUUUUGUUUUUUCUUUAUGUCCUUGAAUAUGUAUCUCCCACUUAUUCCCAAAGUGUUUAUUUACAUUCAGCACUUUUUCUUCUAGAAAAUGUGGCUUUAUAAAGGGGUAAAAGGGACACCAGCUUAAUUUAUUUUCAUGGAUCUGUAUGGCAGAGAAAUCUAGAUGUGAUAUUUCCUUUCCAAGCCACUGUUACCUGGCAUGGUGGCUCAUGCCUACAAUCCCAGUGACUCAGAAGGCUGAGGCAGGAGAAUCUCAAAUUCAAGCCAAAUUUCCUAAG